UUGGUGUUGACCGUCUCUAGGCUUUUAAGGGCAGGAGAUCAACAGGAGGCCAAAGGAAAAGGACCGGCCAUAAGCUUGAACUAAGCGCAGCCCAAAAGCAGCAGAUGCGGGAAGCGUUUGACCUGCUGGACUCUGACGGCACCGGGACCAUCGAUGUGAAAGACCUGAAGGUGGCCAUUCGGGCUUUGGGGUUUGAACCUUCAAAGGAAGAAAUCAAGAAGAUCAUGUUUGAGGUGGAUAAAGAAGGGUCCGGGAAGAUUGGCUUUGAUGCCUUUUACUCUGUGAUGACUCAGAAAAUGUCAGAAACAGAUCCCAAAGAGGAAAUCGUGAAAGCCUUCAAGCUCUUCGAGGACCAGGAAAGCGGCAAAAUCUCCUUUAAAAACCUCAAGCACAUCGCCGGCGAGAUUGGGGAGUCCCUCACGGACGAGGAGCUACAGGAAAUGAUUGACGAAGCCGAUCUGGAUGGAGACGGGGAAGUGAACGAGCAGGAGUUUGUGAAGAUCAUGAAGAGACACAUCUAGUAGCUGAAUUUCCCUCUCUGCCGUUGGUCUCCUGAGCACAGCUGCGCAUAGAACUGGGGAG